AUGUCGCUGUCGGAGUGGGACUCGAACUCGUCCCGGGAUGGAGAGAGAUAUCUUAAACACCAGCAUUCUGCUUCUUCGGACCACGGCGUGCGAGCUCUCGUUCCUAUGUGGGAUAGCUCGGAUCCAGAACGAGCUCCGCCGCCUCUGCCGCUGAACCCCAAUCCCCAGUCGCCCGGUUUUACCUCGCGUGCCGGCACGUCGAGCGCCAUCCAGUCUGCACAUGCUGUCUUGAGCGAGAGGGCGCGGGAAAACGGCGCCGUCGUCAGGCGCGGUGACGGAUCGCCAGAGAGAGCCCUCGUAAAGGGCGGCUCGCAUCGUCGUUUGCAGUCACUGCAGCCCGGUUCCGUGCGGGACUUGAGCUUGAUGAUUGAGGGGAACUGGAGCAGACCUGACCGCCGGCCCUCGACGCCGACCACGCCGCGAGAGUUGCCCCCAGAGCCGAGAUCUGACAGGGACUCUGCGAAUUCCACCCCGGUCCCCGGACCCAGCUUGACCCCUAUUCUUCGGCCAACGGCCAGACGGCUGCCCCAGAGCAUACUUGGCGAGAACACGCCGCCUCAGAGCUCGACUAUGCUGGCGCUGCAGAAUAUGGGCGCCAAAGCUUCGCCCAGGGAGGCGGAGCCUGCGCUGUCCAACAUCACAAACGGCGCCACGCCUAGGCAGCUCACCUACUCGGAGGACGUAUCUGCUCAACUUCUUAAACUCACAAACAUUGCAACGUCGCUGCAGAAGGAGAUGUCGGCUUUGAGUCGACGAAGCCGAGACAACGCCACUGAUUUGCUGAGCUUGAAGGAGGCGACCAAGUCCAGAGAUGAGGACGUCAGGAAGAGCCUGCGAGAGCUUGUGGGCAACAUCAACGAGCAAUCUAGCCGGAUUACCUCCUUCAAUGGUCCGUAUCUCGAUAACAAGCCUUUUGGCUCCCCCCCCACGCACUCGCGAGCAUUUCAGCUUCCCCGGAUACCGUCACCAAAGAGCUUUGCUGAAUCAAUCGAUCGUGGCUCUAUCAGCACGCCGUCUCUUUCUGGGGUAGACACACCUGCCUCCCUCUUGCUUUUGGAGAAGAUUUGGAACGGGCUGGGCACUAAAGAAGGACAAGAGUCACUGGUUGGCCUGCUUACCCAGCUGUCUCAGAAACUCUCUGGACUAGCCACCUCCACCAAGGUUGACGAGCUGGCAGAGGACAUUCGUUCGCGAUCGGAGAAUGCUGUCGUUCUCGGAAGCGCAACCCGAAGCGGGAAUACGGCCAAUGAGGAAAUGGACCUGGAAAGGGGCAGCCUUACGAGCCAACGGGUCGACCGACUUCUCUAUAACGGACAAGGGAGGAGGUCAUCUGUACCUUCUGGGCGCGGCGCGGAGCUCGUAAAUCAAGACCUCUUGAACAUUAUUCGAUCUGUCAAGGACAGUGUCACGCAGGGCGGAGGUUUAACUGCCGAGGUCAAGGCCCUGGUACGCGAACUCCGGGGCGAAGUUCUUGGUAUGGGGCGAGAACUGGGGAAGAGGCUAGAAAAGGUCGGAAACAAGGGAAUUGAAGAGGCCGAGGUUCCCAGCAAAGAUGAGGUCUCCAGAGUUAUCGACGAAGGCCUGGAGCAAAUGAAGGAGCAGCUCAACAACGUCUUGCGGGAACACCGUCGCCAAUCUGCCCAGUCACAAUCUUCACAAAAGACGGUGGUUGAUUAUCAGGAGAUCUACAAUGCCAUGCGAGCUGCGUUGCGUGAUAACGAGGCCUCUGCGGACGAGACACCCGACUUGAGCCGAGAAGACGUCAUUGAGGCAGUGAAAGACGCCUGGGAAAACUACAAACCCGAGAUUGAAGUGCAACAGCUAGGUCUUGAACGGGAUGAGGUCUUGGCCUGCCUCAAACAAGGCCUGCAGGAGUAUGCUGCCCGGGAUGAGCGACCUGAGGCUGCAACUAGAGAGGAGGUAUUCAAGGCCGUUGUGGAAGGACUGAAGCACUUCGUCCCCCCCAAGGUUGAAACCCCAGCAUCCCUAUCACGAGACGAAAUCAUUGACGCCGUUCGUGAUUGUCUCGAAGAAUUCGAGUUCCCCAUCGCCCCAUCCGCUGUUGCCGCCGAGUUGUCUCACAGGGAUGUCGUUGAAGCCGUGCGUGAAGGCCUCAGCGAACUUGACCUUCCUCGAAAUGACGCUCUCAUGGCGGUUCCCAACAACAAUGACGAAGUUGCCUCCCGGCUUCGGGAAAUCAUGGAAUUUAUGAAACUCGAAUUCAAGACUGCCUCUGAGUCACACCAUGAAGCUGUGCACCGGGCGGUACGCGACGGUCUCAGCGGGCUCGAUCUUCCCCGUAGUGAGGCUCUUGUGGCGGUCCCUGGAAGCAACGAGGAGGUUCUCUCUCGCCUUCAGGACAUGAUGGAGUACAUGAAGCUUGAAUUUAAAGCCGUCUCUGAGGAAGCCAAAGAUAACGUGGCCGCCAAUGGACGAGACACUGAGCAGGUCCUUGACGCUACCAAGGAUGGGCUUGAGAAUCUUCGAAUGGCCAUAGAGGCCUACGUUGAUCGAGUCUCUGGUAAUGCUGGCCACGAAGAGCUUAUGGAGAACAUGUCGCGAACCAUGGAGGACUUCAAGGAAGAAGUUUCCCGGGCUGUGUCUUUGGCCAAUGACAGCUCCCGCGAGGAGCUUCAUGCACAGCUUGAGGGGCUGCGAGAGAUUGUUAACUCUUCAAUGAUUCCCGCACCUGCGCCUACCCCCCCCAGUGUGAACAAUCAGGAUGUCCUAGAGGCUCUUCACAAUGGAUUGACUAGCCUUCGUCAAGAAAUCUUGCGGCCUCGACCUGAGACAGGCGACAUCCUGGAUGCCAUUCAGGAUGGUCUGAACGAUCUCCGCGCAGCCUUUGAAAGAGUGGUCAACAAACCCGUGGACCUGACCGCCAAUGACGAGGUUCUGGAUGCAUUAAAGUCGGGCCUAGAGAGCGUCAGAUCAGAUAUCGAGACCCUCCGUGACAGCGGCAACGAGAGAGCUGUAGCGGCUGUUGCGACCGCUGAUGAGGAUGAUAGUCGGGCCAUUAUACCUGCCGACAUGGUGAAGCAAGACGAUAUUAAGAAUCUCGAAGUUCUCAUCACUCAGCUCAGGAUCAAGGUUGAGGCAAUGGAUUCGGAGACAGAGCCUAUUCAGCGAGAUGAUUUGGUUCGUUUGGAAGAGAUGAUUCGUAAUGUCCAGGAGGGCGUCGGCGAGAUCUCGGCUCGAGAGGCAACUGCGACUGCUGAACCUGCAAAGGAAGCGCGCGAGGCCAGUGACACUACCAAUGGUGACGCCGCCUCCAAGGACGAUGUGCAGGCUAUCGAGACGAUUCUCCGUAACACCAAAGCCAGUCUGGAUGACCUCAUUGAGGGCGAACAGGCCGUUCGUAAAGAACACCUUGACGCCAUCGAGAGCCUCGUUCUCGAGACGCGCGAGACCAUGACAUCCAUGUCUGAGCAGCUAGCCACCAUCUCACAGAAGGAGGACCUGACUGCCCUGGAAGCUCUUGUGACGCAGCUGAGUCUUGGUGUCGAAGAAAUAAAGGAGCGAAGCGACAAGGCACCGUCUCCUGAUGAUGAAGAAUUAGCCACCAAGACUGGUGUCGAGGCUGUUGAAGCUGUUGUUCUCGAGAUCAAGACAGCAAUUGAAACCUUGACGUCGACUGAUUUCGCAAACAUGUCCAACAAGGAAGACAUUUCCAACUUGCAGACGGUUCUGGAGGAAGCCAAAGAGAAGAUCGACGCGCAUGCCGAAUCCGCUACCAAGGCUCUUGAUGACCGUCAAGCGGAGAUUGUUGGUGUUGCCGAUCGCGUCGCGGCGGUCAAGACCUUGCUAGAAGAGUUCCAGGAAGUCAUCAAGGGUAAGUUGGAAGAUGGGUCAUCCGGAAUUGAUGCCGUGGCGAAGUCUCUCGAAGGUAUAGGAGAGAAAAUCGACAAGAAUGAAAACGUCAGUGCCGACCUCAAGGAAAUGUUUGAAACGAUGAAGACUCAAUUCGAAGAAAACAAGGAGGUUGUUGCCGGGGCACGGUUGGAGUCCAACGAGAAGCUCCAGGAGGCGACAGACGGCAUCGGCAGCAAGAUUGACGACAAGAUGACGGAGCUAAUUGCCAAGUACGAUGAGCUCAAGGCCACAUUGAGCGAAAAGAGCGAAAAGAGCGAGGCUCGGGAAAUCGAGACCGAGGCUGCCGUUGUUGGUACCAAGGCUAUUGCAGAGGACCUGAAGCUUCUCAUCGACACACUUGGCUCGACAGUCACAGACUCGCUGGAGAAGAUGGAAGAAGCGUCCAAGACAGUCUUCUCCAAGGUUGAAGACGUCGCCACCCGUACUGAAGAAUUCGAGACUGAGGGCAAAAACGAACACCAGAAAACACGGGACCACAUAGAACAAGCGGUCGCUGCUGUUGAGAGCUUGCAGGGCGAGGUGAAGGAGCACCAGUCCGAGAUCCUGACAGUUGUGAAAGACAUACUCCUGCUCGUGGGAGAGCACUUUGAACACUCCAAAUCGGCCACCACUGAACUGCAGGACAAGAUUGCUGAAGCCAAGCCAGUCGAGCAACAGAUGCUUCCGCCCCCUGAGAAGUAUGACGACUCAGCAGUGCAGGAGAAGCUCAGUCUCAUCGCAGAACAGAAGUAUGACGAUUCCGAGAUCAAGGAGAAGCUUGACAGGCUAGUCGAGCAGCGAUACGAUGAUGGCCCCGUCCAUGAGAAGCUUGACAGGCUGGCUGAGCAUCGGUACGAUGACAGCACAGUCCACGAGAAGCUCGACAGACUGGUUGAGCAGCGAUACGAUGACAGCACGGUCCACGAGAAGCUCGACAGGCUCGUGGACCACAGCGCUACGUCGGUGCAGGCGUCUGCCCAACUGGAGAAGCUGGACAAGGUGCACCAGUCGGUUGUCAACACCGCCGCUGAGAUCUCGCAGUUCCUAUCUUCACAGACGCAACGGAUCGAAAACGAAGACGAGGAUCGGGAAAAGUCUCUUCAGGACACUGUGAUUGAACUGGAGCGCAAGCUCGCUGAGCGAGACCACAUGGAAGCGGCUGUUCUUAGCCUCAAGGACGAGGUGGACAGACUCCGCAACAGCGUUUUACAUUUGCGGACAGAGCAGGAGAGUUUAGUCAGACAAAAGACUCGACUGACCGGGGAUGUUUCCUCGUUGGAGACGGCGCUGCGACUGCGCAAGGAAGAGCUGUCAGAAAUGGAACACCGGGCCGAGAGGCUGGAGCGACGCAUUGUCGAGGGCGUCAUGGACCACUCUCGGGUGCUGCUGAUGGCCAAGAGCAGCAAGGGACGUGACUCGAUGGACCGGAAGCGCGUCAGGAAGCCCAUCGGUGAAGAGGGGGAAGCCGGCAGCACCAAGUCGAACAGGCCUGCCGUCAACAUGGCCCUAGCCACCAAGAGAAACGUUGGGGGUUUGUCGCAAAACGGGUCGGCGAGACGGAUCGCGUCCCUCAGUCAGAUGACCAGCAGCUCGCCGUCGGGCCUGGUGAAGAGAAGCCAAAGCGUACGCACAGCAGCGGGCAAUGCUCUCCGGAAGCGAAGCUGGGGCGGAGGGUUGGCAAAGGGAUUUGGCGAAGAGAACAAGGAGAACGUCGGCGUGGGCGAGACGGUGGAGGAACUUGACGAGCCGGAUGCGGCAGCUCCGUCGCCAGUGGGAAGCAUCGUCUCGCGGGACUCGCUGGCGGAUGAUGACGGCCAAGGCAGCGACACGGGGACGCUGAGAAGAAGCAGCGUCGGCACUACGGUCAUGUCGAGCCAGUACACGGACUCGGAGGGCGGGUACGGCGAGUAUGACGGGACGGAAAGCGACUGGACGGAGAGUCAAGUUGGGACGGACGUUGGGGCCGGCGACGGGAACGGUCUGGUUGUUUAUGGGCAGCAGCGACGAGGAUGA